ACCAUCCUACAUCCUCUCUCUCUCUCUCUCUCUCCGGUGCAUUCAUCAAUGGCGGACGAAGUGGAGAUGUUCUUCUUCCCUUUCAUGGGAGGAGGCCACCAGAUCCCCAUGAUCGACAUCGCCCGCCUCUUCGCCUCCCACGGUGUCCGGUCCACCAUCAUCGCCACCCCUGACAACGCCCUCUCCUUCCAGCGGUCCAUUGCCCGCGACCGGGACUCGGGCCGGCCCAUCUCCAUCCACCCCCUCGAGCUGCCCCAGGGCUCCGAGCAGCCCGACUCUGACAUGUCCGCCGCCCCCUUCACCGACACCUCCAUGCUCCAGGAACCCCUCACGCUCUUGCUCAUUGCCAGGCCACCCGACUGCAUCGUCGUCGACACGUUCCACCGCUGGUCGGCCGACGUCAUCGACGCGACAGGAGUUCCUAGGAUCGUGUUCAAUGGGAACGGAUGCUUCUCUCGGUGUGCUCAAGAGUUGAUGCGGACUUACAAGCCUCACGACAUGGUGCAAUCCGAAUACGACCCGUUCGAGAUCCCAGGCCUGCCAGAUAGGAUCGUGAUGACGAGGUCGCAGCUUCCGCAUUUUCACAAGCAGAAAGUUGGCGGGAAGCCGCAUGGUCGGAUGUCAAAUUCGGAGGACAAGAGUCUUGGGGUUGUGGUAAAUAGCUUUCUUGAGCUGGAACCGGCUUAUGUGGAGUAUUUCAAGAAGGAGAUGGUGAAGAAAGCUUGGGUGGUCGGACCAGUGUCGCUGUGCAAUAGGAAUGUGGCGGAUAAGGCCGAGAGAGGGCAACAAGCUGCUAUUGAUGAGCACAGUUGCUUGAGUUGGCUCAAUGCUAAAGAACCCAACUCCGUUCUUUACGUUAGUUUUGGGAGUUUGGCCAGGUUGGCCCCGGAACAGCUCCUUGAGAUUGCAUAUGGUCUCGAGGCUUCGAGCUGUUCGUUCAUUUGGGCGGUUGGCAAAAUCUUCGAGUCAUUGGAAAAUGGACAGAGAGGCCGAGAGAAUUGGCUUCCGAGUGGGUUUGAAGAGAGAUUGAAGAGGUCCAAGAGGGGGUUGAUUAUCAGAGGAUGGGCGCCGCAGCUGUUGAUUCUUGAACACCCUUCAGUGGGUGCGUACAUGACGCACUGUGGGUGGAACUCGACUCUGGAGGGUGUGAGCGCUGGCCUUCCGAUGGUCACUUUCCCACACUCGGCUGAGCAGUUUUUCAAUGAGAAGUUGAUCACUGAUGUGUUGAGGAUUGGGGUCCAGGUUGGGAGCAUGGAGUGGGCAUCUUGGAACACCAAGCCGGGCCCGCCAGUGGGGAGGGAGAAAGUGGAGGCGGCCGUGAGGAAAUUGAUGGAUGGAGGAGAGGAGGCAGCGGAGAUGAGGAGAAGAGCCAAAGAUCUUGGAGAGAAGGCCAAGAGAGCGGUCGAAGAAGGCGGGUCAUCGUACGAAGAUGCCGAGGCCUUGAUUCAAGAGCUCAUGUCUCGCAAAAAAGUAAGUACGAAGCGAUCGAGUCGGUAAGACAUUAUCUCUGUGUACAACAACAUGAUCUUAGCGUUACGUGAACAGCAAGGAGAGUUCAAAAGGACGUAGGAACGCUGUCUGUGACGUCGUGUGCUAAAUGAACAGCUCAAUUUAAACUGUGCAGUUUCAAAUUUGUAGUCACCGGCUCCAAAGUAAGGAGAAGAGAAUCGCUUCUAUGUAUUCAAUGGCUGCAGGAGACGGAUUGUAUAUUAAUCACUCCAGAAGUCUUUGUUAUAUUAGACUUGCAAAGACGGAUGAAAAUGAAUUGGCGCCACUAGCAAUUCUUACAAUUUAAUAAUCUUACUAAUAAAAGAAGAGUACUACUCAGCAAGAUUUCGUAUGUUAUUGGACUUGGAAGUGACUACCAAAAUCAUGCUGGUACCUCCACCAAGGAUCAGGGUAGACGGAUGCGGAUUGCAGAUGACUUUGGCUUGGAGGCAUAUGUCAUUGGAGAAGCUCCAGGUGUCCCAGAUCAGAGAAGACAGAUGAGCAGGGAAAAGCUAACCGCGAAUCACCAUCCUGGUUAGCCUAGUCUUAUCUUCUGAGUAAAACUCGAACACUUAUCGCCAUUUCUGUGACGUAAGAGACUAUGUAUCUAUGAUAGUGAUAUUUUUGUCAUAACUGGCCAAUCCGGUCGCAAAGCAGCAUGGACCUCUCUGUUGGGGUAUGUUUAGUUUGCAGUCAGACAACUUUCUUGUCAUCAAGCUUGAAUAAAAAUUGUUUUGUAGUUGAA